AUGUAAAGUGAUUAUUAUGAGAGUGACAAUAUCGAAGUUAUUCCAGAGGAGCAUAAUGAACGGAUGACACCCAAGGAGAGGGUCACUCUCAAAGAGUAGAUCGAAUUUCUAUAAUAACAAACAGCUCAUCUCUAAUAAUCUAUGGAAUUGGAGUAGGUAUUGUAAGUGGAUAAUCCCAUUGCUUAUCUGAAUGCGAUUGAGAAUAAUUUGGAAUCUCUUAAAGUCACUAAUUUAUAAUAGAGGAUACAAUGUUUGGCAAUACUGGGAUCGGGAGCGGAGAAAUGUGUCACAUUGAAAUGUGUGCUGCCACAAUCGGAUAAUUUGAAGCGUUUCCAAUAGCUGGAGAAGUAGGUUCAUUUAUUGGAGACCAUUGUUGGAUAGAAGAGUUAUUCAUACAACUCAACCAUAAUGUAAGAUUUGAACGAAGUGUAGUAAAUUAUCAACUCAAUCUAAGGGGAAAACAAGGAUAUCAAAUUAGCAUUCACUCAGAGUCUACCUCAAAUUGAUAAGAUCAAUGAAAUCUUUAGGCAAGUGUAAUUGCUGGUGGGAAUAGCUGAUUUGCUCCCGAACAUCAUCACGAGAUUGGAACAAUUAAAAAAUGCUCAUGAUCAGAGCAUCUAGUAUUAAAAUUAACUAAAAGAAUUGCAAAUAAAACACAAUAAGGUUUUGGAUUUGAUAUCGAAUAACAGAAACAGGAUCAAAGUUCUUUGUGCUAAACUAGCUUAGAAGUGA